UAAACCUAAACAGUGGCAUCUGGGAAGGAAAACAGCUUAUGAGUGAAAAAAGCUAGAUGCCUACCCUGUGUCCCUUCUGUUGCCCAUACUCUCGGGAACGUCAAAAUAAGUGUCCUUUAGCCGAAGGGUGGAACCGAGCGACUUCGCUACACCUGCAUGAUGACACAAGCAUGGUAGUGGGCAGGCGAAAGUGAAGUAAGUUCAUAGUUGAAGUGGGUCGUGGUUGAGGUUCUUACCCUAGAGGAUUGGAUAGCAAGCCGCUUCCAUCCAAAAUGACUGCCUCCAUUUGUCCCUGCUACUCAGGAUAUUUCCAGGUCAUCUAUAUUAUUUCUUUGCCUUGAUAACUGGGGACAUUAGGUUUGGCUACGUGUCUUCCUUUAAAGAACAUGGAAUUGCCGAACAAGAUUUUCUGUCACUCUGCUAAAACUUCAGACAAGGCGCAUAUCUCAGGAUCAGUUUACUCUUCUGCACUGAAGAGACAGUCUCUUGCCUGCUAUCUUGUAAACCCUCACUAUGGCAGCCUCAUUAAUGCAGAUGGUCAUGCUGAAGUGUGGACAGACUGGAAUAAUAUGUCCAAGUUUUUUCAGUAUGGAUGGAGAUGCAACACUAAUGAGAAUGCCUAUUCAGACCGCACCCUCGUGGGCAAUUGGAACCAGGAGAGAUAUGAUCUAAAGAAUAUUGUGCAGCCCAAUCCCUUGCCUUCCCAGUUUGGACACUACUUUGAAACAACAUAUGAUGCAAGCUACAACAGCAAACUGCCAGUUCCAACUCAGAGAUUUAAGCGGGAACCUCACUGGUUCCCAGGACAUCAACCUGAACUUGAUUCUCCUCAAUACAAGUGCACAGGAAAGUCAACGUAUAUGAGUAACUAUUCAAAACCUCAAACUGAGCCUCAAUCUCUGUGUGUGUGUAAUCCUAAUAACUGACAAUUUCAGGGUUAGGACUCUUACAAAAGAAUAAGAAGCUCAUUUUUCCAGUGGGGGUGAAACUCAAGUUCCACUAGGAGGAAACAAACACUGCAAGCACAACUGAGAAUUGGACUAAGUGUGACAGAGUUUCACUCUCUAAAUAAAUAAAAUACAGAAAAUAUUCUCUUCCCCUUUAACUUUGUUUCAACCAAGAUGUACUGUCAUUUUUAACUGAAUCUACUCUUCUACAUUAGAAGAAGACAUUCAAAAGACUUAUCUCACUCAAA